AUGCAAUAUAAAAAUAUUUUAAUAGUAUUAUCAAUUUAUUUAACAUUAGCUCUGAAUUCAGCUGAAUGUGAACAUGGUUACUCCAUUGCUAAUCGAAUACAAAUUAAUGGUCGUUCAAGAUUGAUGAUUGAAACACUUGAUGCAUUAAUGAACGUUCGCAUGCUGCUUUUUCCAGAUGAUGUACGAAGAACAUUAAGAAAACAACUUAACUCAUAUGUGAUGUACUUAUUAGCUGCUUCAAUUACAAAUUGGGUUUUGAUUAAUACUUCACUUAUUUCUUCACUUUAUGAUGUUGAUCAUAUUGAUCCACAAAAUACAUCACUCAUUGUAUGUAAAUUGAGAAUAAUAUCACCUGGAAGUGAUUAUACUCAAUAUCGAUUACGUAAAAGUGAUCGUGAUUUGAUGAAAAUGGUGGCUGGUGAAGUAUUUGUCUAUUUAGUAAGUACAAUUCUUUAUGCUGUUAAUACACUAUAUGGUUUUAUCACUGGACCUAUUGCACAACAAAAGAGUGGAAUGCGUUUGGCUAUUGAAGCACUUGCUGGAUUUAUAGUUAGUCCACUAUUGAGUUUUUUAUAUUGUGUUACUCCAUUUUAUGGUAGAGUUCGUUUAUCAAUUUUGUAUUGA